CUUCAGGAUGAUGCCCGCCACCUGGUUGACGUAUUUCACACUGACCUGUCUACAGCGAAACCAAGUUUGUCGGACUCUCACGCCGCAGCAUUCAUUCGUGGGGAAAAGAUCCUCGGUCGAAACCAACUAUCAGACUGGCGCCCGCGCACUGAAUCAUCAACGUAUUGCAGGACACCACGAGCUUCGCAAGUCAGCUCUAUUCCUGUGCCACAAGCCGGGGAUCCGGCUGCAUCUCAGGAUCACCGUGGGAACGUCCCAAACCAAAACAAGGCACCAGAGCGCAUCCACGGCAAAGGAAUAUUGGCCCAGUGUGUAUUUCCCGAGAUCACCACGGUUAGUUGCUGGCUGCAGCCAUCGAGUUUGUCGAGCUGUUGAUGAAGGCAAAAGGGCAGGACAACAACAAGCACGUCGCAUAACGGCUCUGAAUAUCCUCCGUGCUGGCAGCCUCAGAGGCGGAAGUAGUAGUAGCAGCAGCAACUUGGCCGCCGGAACGCAAGAAGCCAGGGCCUCGUAUCCAAAUAUUGCUACGGGGUGGAAACCUUGCAGCAGCAGCAGCAGCAGCACAGCCAGGCUUGAGGGCAGGAGGAUCGUGACAUCUUUCACAUUCUGCUCGCGGGCAGCAGCAGCCUUCCAUUACUCUUCCGCCCGUUUACAGCUCCAGAUCUAUAUCCAACGUCAGCUUCAGCAACAGCAGCAGCACACCUACACCACCGCUUCUUCUUCUUCUCCCAGGAGCCACAGCAACAGCAACAGGAACAGUAACAACAACAACAAGAUGGCGUGGCGCUCCUCUGGCGCCACAAACACGGACCUGAUCGAGAACCUGUGGCGCAACGGGAUGCUCAAGUCCCCCGUCGCCAAGGCAGCCUUUCUCAGAGUGGACAGGGCGCAGUACUGCCCCUCGGCGGCGACCGCGUACCAGGACCGGCCGCAGGGGAUCGGGCACGGGGCCACCAUCAGUGCGCCGCACAUGCACGCCAACGCGGUGGAGAGCCUGCUGCCUUACAUCCUGCCUCUUGAUGGUGGUGGUGGGGGCAAUAGCAGCAGCAGCACCGGUGGCGGCCAUGAGCAACAAGGGGCAGCGCUGUCGCCGCCGCUCAGAGGUGUGCCCAACCGGCCCCGGCGAGUCCUCGACAUUGGCUCGGGCAGCGGAUACCUGACGCACGUCCUGGCCGAGCUCGCCGGGCCGGACGGCGUGGUCGUCGGGCUCGAGCACAUCCGCGAGCUGCAGCAGCUCGGGGAGGGCAACAUGCGCAAGUCGGCCGAGGGCCGGGCGCUGCUGGACUCGGGCAAAGUCAGGUUCCGCAUGGGCGAUGGGCGGAAAGGCUGGACGGAGCCUGCCUCGUUGUCUUCCUCGCCCUUGGAUUCGGCGUCCUUACUGGGCGCGGCCGCCGUGGGAGGGCAUGGGGGAGGCGUGAUUCCUGGCGUUGGCGGCUCGGCUCCUCCGCCACCACCAGCUGCUCCUGCUGGUGGCGGUGGUGGUUCUUCCACUUCUUCUUCUUCUUCAACAAAUACAACAACGACAUCAAAAACAACACAAACCGAAGGACAGAAUGGACCAAAGGGUAAUGACGAAGGCGGCUGGGAUGCGAUCCACGUCGGCGCUGCGGCAGUCACCCUUCACGACGACCUGCUGCGGCAGCUGCGCAGCCCGGGAAGGCUGUUCAUCCCCGUCGAGGACGAAGACGGGUCGGGGGACCAGUACAUCUGGACCGUGGACAAGGAUGAGAACGGAAAGAUCACGAAGAAGAAGCUCUAUGGUGUGAGGUAUGUCCCGCUCACGGACGCGCCGAAGCCGUGGUGUGAGAUCUGAAAGGCGGAAAAAUGAGCACGGGUGACAUUUGUUGGCUGUCCAAGCCAAGGGAAGGGGGUUUUCCGCGCCGUUGUUUGUGUCGAAGCAUUUUGCGGUGUUGAGACCCGAGUGAUGCCUCAGAGCUUGAAGUUUAAGGCAUCUCGCUCGAUUUCAGGUUCCAUAAGGCCCCGCCGAUGGCAGAG